AGUACAGUAACUUGUCCACAGGAGGAAGCACAUAUCUCAAUGUAUUCAUUUUAUUCGAUUCCCGUGCCCUUCCAAUCAGCUGAUUUUGUGGUGGUUUGUGGUAAUGAGUCUGAAGGAUUGCUCUGUUUACGAAGGGUGCCAUGAAUGAUAGUGUUAUCUUGUCCGAAGAGUGUAUUUGUACCAGUGAUCAGUACGUGCUCAGUGCGUGUGUGGGGUGUCUUUUGCUCUUCUUUCGUGCGUUUUGUACCAAUGAAACUUCAUUAUUUUCAAACCAAUGUAUACAAAAAUAUUGCAUUAAAUUGUUCAUUUUUUCUUGGACGCAGAGUAUCAUUUAGUACCUGUCAACCUUCCCUAAACAUGGGUAAAGAAAAACCUCAAGUAUAUGUAACGCGCGCUGGCUGUCCUGCAAAAGGGAUUGAUUUACUGAAACAAAAAUGCGAUGUAGAAAUUUGGAGCAAGCCAUUAGAACCAGUUCCUAGAGAAGAGCUUCUAAAAAAAGUGAAAGGCAAGGAUGCCCUAUUUUGCCUACUAACCGAUAAAAUAGAUAAAGAAUUAUUGGAGAGUGCAGGUCCAUCAUUAAAAGUUAUUGCAACCAUGUCCACUGGUUAUGAUCAUAUUGAUGUGCCUGAAAUAAAGAAAAGAGGCAUCAAAUUAGGGUAUACUCCAGAUGUAUUAACAGAUGCUGUAGCAGAACUGACAGUAGGGUUAUUACUAGCUACAUCUCGCAGGCUGUUUGAGGCACAUCAGGAAAUUCUUAACGGUGGAUGGGGUUCUUGGUCACCUCUGUGGAUGUGUGGUCCUGGUCUUGCCACUUCAACAGUGGGUAUUGUUGGCUUGGGAAGAAUAGGCAUUGAAGUGGCCAAAAGGCUUCACACAUUCAACCCUUCUCAAAUCCUAUACACAUCGCGCAGUGACAAACCAGAAGCCAAACCUUUUGGUGGUAUCCGAGUGCCUCUGGAUGAACUUUUGGCUCAAAGCGACUUCAUUGUAGUGACAUGUGCUUUGACUCCAGAAACUAAGGAGAUGUUCAAUGAUGAAACAUUUGCCAAGAUGAAGUCUAGUGCUAUAUUUGUGAAUACCAGCAGAGGAGGAGUUGUAGAUCAACCAGCUCUUCAAAGAGCAUUAGAAAGUGGAAAAAUUGCAGCUGCUGGUCUUGAUGUGAUGACUCCCGAACCUCUACCACCAGACCAUCCGUUACUUCAAUUAAAAAACUGUGUGAUUAUACCUCACAUAGGAAGUGCCACUACAAAAACUAGGGAAGACAUGUGUAUUUUGACUGCAAAAAAUAUUAUUGCUGCACUCCAAGGAGAACCAUUACCGGCAGAACUGUAGAAUAUAAGAACUUAAAUAUAUAAAACUUCCAUGAAAAUAAAAAAUGUGAUAUUGUAAAAUAAAGAAUUCCUGAAAAAAUUAA